AGGAAAUCAACUAUACCAGGCUCCACAUAACUAGCUAGUCGUUCUGUUGUUUUCUCUCGCCCGAUAAAACCCAUUGAAUAGAUACCUCUUAGUGCUGUAUGACUUUAAUAGAUACAAGCCCUGUAAGUAUUUCCCACUGACACUACCCACCCAGCACCUCCAUCAAUUUUUCGAUUAUGUAAGUGCUCGUGUUAGAAACGGAACCCGUCUAAAGAAAUUUUAUAUUUAUUUUGUGAAUGUGUAGGAAGCAAUUCCUACGCACACUAUAGACCAUCCACACAAGGGGCAAGCGCCAAGGAAACUUUCGCAAAAAGCGGCCCAGCUUUGCCUGAAAUCUAGAAACAAAGGGACAUGCGGCUUUGAGAAGCGCGCACCUGCAACGGCAGAAGAACAAGUGGCGCUACGUACACCGGAUCCACCGUGACAGAGGUGCCGCGGCAGGCCACGGGCAUGGCGAAACGAGGCGGGGAUGACCCCUUCGACAUCGAAGGUGGUGAUCAAGGAGAAGAAGACCACCAGGGGGACGACGGCUCCAAGCGACAACGAACCUCAACGGCGUUCUCCCUUCCGGGCGACUUUGAUGAUGAUCAGGAAGUGCCGGACGUGGGCAACGAAUCGUGUGCGAUCACACCCGGAUUCCUGGAAGGGCUCGGAGGUGCAGCGAACGUCACGCCUUUUGGAGUCGACAUUGCAGAUAAGCAAAGGAAAAAAAAGUUUUGUUGUACCAAGUGAAGUGAAUGCCUUUAUUUGAGAACAAGAUAAUCGGUUUCGAUAUAGGCGGCUUUGCGGUUUGGGUUUGCAUUCAUUCUUUUGCGCUGAAAGAGAAAGAGGUACUAGCGAGGUUUAAAAUCAUCGACCUGAAGUAGAGAUCGCGCAGGUCGUCAGAUAGGGGGAUAAUAUCAAAGUUACUUACAUUCGCCAAAGGAGAUGUUUAUUCGGACAUGAUAAAAACGUAUGAAGCCGCGCAACAGAGAUUCUAGCGCAAACGCUGUUUGGCUACAACACGAGGUGCAGCGAUUUUUUUCCAGCAUGACUGCCGGCACGUUGACGCUGGGGAAUCAGAGAUCUCCUCCUGGAACACCGAAAUUAGGCUCUCCGCUCGUGCGACCGUCGUCAUCGCCAAAGGUUGCCGUAGGAAGCCCUCAGAUAGGUACAACUUGCACAUAAGUAAACAUCAUUCAUUGAAGAUCAGUGGGGCUGUAGCUGUAUUUUUUAGCGAAUUACUGCAGAUACACGAUGCGUGCAUGCUGCUUAAUUUUAUAUAUUGCAUUCGGACACCCACACCAGACGUGAUGAGGACGACGUGGUGAGCACAUCUGACUCAUCCAGGGUCGAGGAUGGAAAAGCGGGAUUGAUGAUCAUCGCUCAUUGAUACUUUUUCAAAAUUAUUUUAAUACAGGUGCAUUUCCCUCGGAACAAGUAGGCGGCUCCUCGAGUAGUUCCGCGAAUCUGACCCGGGCCGAGCAACUUUUGCUGAAAGGAAAAAAGAAGGGCAAAGGCAAAAACGGGGACGGCGAAGCUCGUCCAACGCACAGCCACCAAAACAACAAUGUGAACAAAACGGACAUUAACGGCAGUGCGUCUAGUCGGCCUGCGCCGAACCAAAAAACUACCACCCGGCCGGGUAUGUCGCUUUUUGACGCGCUGGGGAGACAGGAAGUGGUUGACAAGUAUGAAACAGGAAGAGGAAUUGCGACGCUCCUUUCUGCAUCAAGUUCAACGUCAAUGUUGAAGCAUUUUUGCGUACUUGUUGAGGGAGGUGAAGCAAGUCAUCAAGAAGAAGUUCAUCAACGUUCACCUUGUAUGUAAAGAGUUCACUACGUUCUGUGCUCUAUUCAGUGCAGGUGCAGCUCAACAUCAGCUCCCACCCGGCGCAGGAAAGAUUGAUACUGACGAGGACGAUUUUGUGACUGGGGCGUAGUCUUUAUCUUUUUUUUUGCUUGCAUACGUGCGGACACACCGGCUGGACGAAAACGGGACCUGUUCAGAGCGCGUUCUCCAAGGCCAGCAGCCGAGUUGUUGCGCCGCUGUCGCAAGCGAAGGAGAGUCCGGUGUCUCCUCUCUUAAAUGAGGAGGACGAGAUGGACGUGGACAUGGAAGACGCGGACGACGGCGGGGACGAAGACGAAGAAGAAGAGCAGCGCCCUGCUCCCGCUCCCAAGUGGGCCGGUAGUCAAAUGGACCUCGAGGAGGGGGAAAUCCGGGCGACGGAAAAUGACAAGAUUUACUACAGGGACAACGAAGGCAUGUGGGAGGUGCUGCCGGACGGCACCAUCAAAAAGUAUGACGGCCCACCGCUGGAGCAGUUUGAUGAGGGGAAGCAGUACGGGAAGCCGUACAGCGCGACGGCAUGGGAGAAAAAGUGGACAUAUGUACAGUACGACCAGGAUCCGGAUGCUGUGCGAGCCGCAGUACGGAAGGCGUAUGAACCUCUUACCGGACACAAUUCCCUUGUGCAGAGAGAGAAUUUUGACAGAAGAUUGCACACAGAGUUUCAUCGAAAGGCCAUGCUGAAGUAUGUCGUCGAGCCCAAGAACAUUCCGUUCAGAGAAGAAGCGGAUCGGAUGGAGGCGGGUUGCUACUUGAAUCCCUCGGAUGUUGGUUUUGCCCUACAGUGGGAAAACAUCAAAGACCGGAACAACGAACCGCUCGAGUGCGCGCGAGUCAUUGACGAGUUCUCAUACGGGUACAUGGUCAUCUACAAACCUUGUGACUGGGUCUGCAGUAACGAAAGUACGCAAGCAUGUCGAAAACCGCCGAAAAACCCAAAGGACAAAACCAAAAACCUCGCAACCUGGCUCGUCGCGAAGUUUGGGGGCAAAUACCCCUUCUUGUGCCACAAUUACGGGGUAUUUUAGUCUGUUUCAUGCUUGGUGGAAAAAAAUAGAAUUGUCGCAGCUUGUUGUUGUGAUUAUGCUCUACUAUAGUGUCGAAUUCCAGGCUAGAUUAGGAUGAAGUACUCUUUUAGGGUAGCGUAGCGGCAAGUGAACAGCAACAUGUCGCUCGGCGCGCGGGCUCUCGUCAUAGUGAGAUGAUUUAUCACUACCGUGUUGCUUCUCUGUCCGCGUACCCACCAGUAAGUAUCUUUUCUUGUCGUGGUAAAUCCAUUGCGAGCCCGUAGAUACAUACUGCUGCUGUUGUAUGCAGCUUCAAAUUCAUGAGAAGCUAUCGUUUAUUUUGCUUGCUGCUGCAAGGAGGGAGGGUUUUGGUUUAUAGCAUUAGCACGAACAUCAAUGGGUUUCAGCACCAGAGCUAUAAAAGAACAAUUCAACACCAAUAACCGUGAUGAAUCUCAGAUCUUCGACUCUCGUUCCUGUGAUGACGCAGAAACAGCCGAGCGUGUGGACAAGAGCAUUUUAGACGCCGUGAGAACCGGCAGUCAGUUCGGGCUUCUGCAGCGUCUGGACAGGGAGACCAGUGGUUGCAUUCUUGUCGCCUGCACCGCCGAGGCCCAUAAGAUGUUGCGUGAUACACAAAAUCAGCAUAUGUGGCACAAAGAAUACGAAACUCUCGUACACGGGACAGUUCCGCCGAACAUGUGGCGGGGACAGGUUGCAGUCCCUCUAAAGAAGCGAAAGCUCACGGAUAAGAAAGUAGCCACGAAGAACAUCUUUCAUCCACCGGGGAAGAGCUAUAACUUCUCGAGCAGGGGCGGAAUGUACGUCACGAUCUGCGACAGUUGCAAAAAGAAUUACGACAAGAUCAAAAAGCAAUACGGGUACUACUGAAAACUCUUGCUAGCUCAGACUCAGUUACAUUGCUGCUUGUUGUUUCAAUGCAGAGCUUUGAUUGACUUUUUUUGCAUUUGUCUGGUACUAUCAGUCGGCUUAUUUCUGGCUUUGAGGUGCGCGUUCUCCACACAUUCUUUCCGGUAGAUCGUCCUUAGGUCCGUUUCAGUGCGGCGUCCGCGAUCAAUAACAAAAACUUUCGCCGAUCGCAAUUUCUUGCGCAGGUACAACGACUUCGAGAUGGAGUCGCAAAUACUCCCGAGAUGCAUAUACAAGGCGGAUAGGGAGGGGAAGGACAUGGCAGCGGAAGUUGAACCCUGGGAAAAGAAACUGUACGGGUGGCAAUGCUGCGAAACGAACUAUUCAUCCCAACUGACGUACGUUUACACUGUUUUUUCUGUCUUCGUUUUCUACCUGUAUCUAUGGAAUGCUACGUUUUGUAUUCUUGUUCCGCUUCGACCCGCACCUGCUUGUGCUGCGCGUUUCAAAACACGGUGAAGCCGACAGAUGGUAACCGCGGGGAAGCAUUGUUCUCGAUUAGAUUUGCAUUCCAAUUGGCACAGCUGCUCUUGUUGGCUCAACUUCGUUUGUGAUACGAAUAUACCCUGGACAACAGCUACAGCAGCACGGAGGCAAAUCUCCUACAAGAAAAAUUCUUUUUCAUAUGUCGUCUCGAUCAGGUACGAAGUUGUGGAGUAUUACAAGUUCAAUUUUCAGAACGAAGAUUUUCCCAUGACCCGUUUGCGCAUCAAGUUGCACACCGGUCGGACACAUCAGAUUCGCGUCCACAUGAAAUACCUACUCGAGGUGCUGGCAAAGCGUACCUCGCAGACGCUCGGAGGGCUAGUUGGAGAUUUUUGCUAUAGUCACGGUCAUUACAAAAUGGACGACCAGGACAAGGAUUACGAAUCCCGGUUGCAAGUCGCGCGGGCCGCCCAGAAAGAGGUGGACGAUGCAGAAGAAGUGAAGAACCCCAAGUGGACCGACCGCUUAAAAGAGGAAUGGACAAAAUGGCGAAAAGACGCCUGGAUGUCGCAAUAUAACUACCAGACGCGAACUGCUAGGGAGCGGCUUUUGGAGAAGGUUGACAACGCUUUGAUGACCGCAGAGAAAAGACGGGUUUUCCUCCGUAUCAACUGGGAAUAGCCGACGCCCCGUGCUGUCGAAUUACUGGACAAGUUCAAAAAGACCACGGAAAGGCCUAGCUACGAGUGACGCAUGAUCUUUCGUAAGCAAAUAAGUGGCUGCGUGCUCCGCCAGUAUGCAUCCGACUUGGUUGUAUGUGUAUGCGUAUCGUGGCGUUUAAUACCGUUCUCUCGAGGGGCUCCUUCAGUGAUUUACACAACUUUGCAGCAAGAGAACAUCGGAACGAGAAAAGAGAAAUGCAAGAAGUCGCUGGAGCAUGCAUUUACGACGAAAACGAUGAGGGACUCAAGCAGCUUUGCUGUGAGCGCGCUUUGUUUUGCAUGAAUGCAUGAAGGGGUUAAGCUUGACUAGAACCCCAAAACUACUCUCAUUCAUCAUCAUUAUUAUCAUCAUUUGUUUUGCAGGAAUGUCGAUGUGUUUAGGUACACGAAUAGAGAUCGAUUGGCCGGGGGCGCUUUUCCGUGCAUACUUGACACCGGUGUACUCGGAUUUCUCACACCAGAGAGUUAUGAAAAGGAAACACUCCUGCUCUUGGGAGUGAAGGCAGAGGAACUGUGCUUGCUGUCGCGUUUGUAUUGUGCAACGAUAAUGCCGUUUUUGCCAUACGCGUGUCAGAGCCUGUAAAAGCAUGUUGCCCAAAUGACAAAAAUUGUUACUUAUUUAUUAGUUUCUUUUACAAGUGUAGGUACAUCAUGCUGUACAUAUCGACCCCUGUGCAUGAGCAUGGCACCUCUUCGGAGUGAGCUGCCGCUGGGAGAUUUCAGGAGAAUUUCUUUCUACCUGAUCCUGACGGCUGAAAGACGCUAUCUGUGACGUCGACGUGUUUGCCUAUUCAUGAGCCCCAGCUGAACCCUGCUACACCAUAAGGCUUUACAAUUUGUGGUAUCAGUGUGCAGCCGGGAACGGGAUGAGAAUCCUGUGUCACAAGUGAAUAUCACUAUGUAUGGACUGAUGUCUCCGAUGGCAAACAUCGCAGCGAGCACGUCAAAGACUGUCGCCCAUCCUCCUCUUUUCAUCUGGAUAAAAGCGGUGGCGUCGCUGUGGAAUGCCGAAAGACGCCACUUCCCCGAGUACUCGGGGAUGUUCUGGGAAAGCUGAAAGUGGACAGGCAACUGGUACGUGACGAACAUAUUUAUACUGUACGUGACGAAAAGCAGAAGACCCCUGUAGAAUUUUUUUUCCUGAGGAUGUAUUUACUAGCUAAUUUGCGUUUGCAAGUCGGUAUGGCGCGGAGUUGUUGCUACAGCAGCAGAUAAUUACGCACUUACCAGCUUCGGUAGAAGCAGAGUUAUCGUUCCUCUGAGUGACUGAACGAUAUGGGCGACGAUAGCAAACGAUAUAACCACCUAAUUCUGAUUGGUCAUCAGGGUGACACUGAACAAAUAUUAACAAAAUAUACAGAGCGACAUGUUGCUGAUGGAGCACAAGAUUUUUAGCGGCGCGGUAGAUGGGGGAAAAACCUCCGCACUGGCAAAAUUGAUGGGCCAAGGCGAGAAGCUGUCCGUGUAUGUGCGAAAGUGGCUGUUUGAAUUUGGAAUUAACAAGAAGACGGAGGACUCCUUUAAGGCCCGCCCAGGUGUUACAAUCUCAAAUGUUGCGGGAAUAGAAGUGAAGAUUUGUGACUGUGAUGCAAAAGCUGCACGGUGCAGUACUUACUUUUCUCACAGCAAUACGCAUGACAACCGCGGGAGCACCAAAUCGCACUAGAAUCCGGCUAAAUAUAUAUUGCAAAAAGUGGACCAGGAACAUUCUGCUGUCCCUCAUGCUGAUCAUGCAACACAAAAUCCACUGUAGGUGAUGUCCCUGGUUUUUUUUUCGUACGGCUGGGCUUCGGAUCCAUACUUAUGGUGUAGCGGCACAGUCUGUUAUAUGCAACACAAAAUGCAGACUCUAUUGUAGUGCUUGAGAUUGGAAAACUUGAGCGGGUUAUAUCCUUAUUAUACCACUUAAGCAAGAAGGAGUUGGAGCAGUUCGUUUCGCUUUGGCACGCCUUCUGUCCGAUGAGCGUGAAGAUAAACCCAGCAAAAAUCCCGGGCGGAAAAAAGGAAGUGAUCUGGACGUCGGAGGCUCAACGGGCGAUGAGUAACUGGGGUAAUCUAUUACAUGUACCAGUCGGCGUACCACCUCACCUCCAGCCUGGUUUUGCAUCUGCCCGAAAAUGAUGGGCAUCUAUUGCCUGUGUCGGCUCGGAAUGUGUGCUUCUUUGUUCCGCUUGUGCAUAUGCGGGCGAAUAAAAGUCUGAUAUACAACUGGAAUGACAAGUUCUAAGCGGUUGCGCCUUGUUGAGAAUCGGCAGUACGUAUCUAUAUAUUCUGUGCAGAACUACAACGAAAACGCUUGAAAGUGGAAAUGUCACGAAGUAUGUAUUCGGCUUCAAGAUAGGUCUUAAAGUUGCGCCAGAAAAGCAUUCGUUCCUGAAUGGACUGGAUAUACGGUGGGUACGGGACGUUUUUGCACUCGAUACGUGAUCUCCAAAAAAGACCAUACGAUGAUGGUAGAUCGCACGCAGAAACGCUGGAAGGCGGCGCACGUGAUUGAAGAGGUCACGCGUGGACAGCGCGACCCCGCAAGAAUACGAGAAAAGUUCAAGGAAGUAUAUCUAGCGUGGCACCGGGAAAAGCACAAGACCGCUAGGGAGAAGGAUAGGCUGCAUGACAUGAAGCAAGCGAAGUGGCCCCCGGAAAGUGAAAGUCUCGCAACCCCGUUCUCUGACGACAAGGGACCCGAAUUCCACCCCUACCCCAGCAGCGCGCCUGACAUCGAUGAAAAACUCGUUUUGCCAAUGGGGACAUGGUAUGAAGUACCUUAGACGGCAACUUGGAUUGAAGUUUUUUUUGUCUUUAGUUUCAAUUCUCAUUGGGAUAAGUAUCUUUGAUGGUAGGAGAAGUCGCUCACAAAGAACGGGAAGACUUUUACAAAUCACGCGACCACGACAUCGUCAUCGAUAUCAGACUUUACAAAUCACGGUCUCUAUCAGGCUUCCGCUGGAAUUUCCGGAAGUUACGAAAGCAGGAGUGAUCCCAGCAACGAAUUCGGCAGGAGAGAAGACAUACUUUCAUGAGGUGGGGGUGCCGGAGGGCUGGUAUUUGGUGAAAAGCGAAAAUACCCACUUUAUGGAUUCAUAACAGAAGAAAAAACAGACUGCCUCGUCCUCUUAGAGAUGCAAAAACACUCUCAACGUUUUUCAGCAUGAUUUGGACUUUCCGCUGAGAAGUGGCGCAUGGACCUUCGACUCGUAUCUGAUUUAUCAAGUUUGCUAUGGCGUCUUCUUGCGUUUUCUUUUUUUUCACUGACUGCACUUCCUUGUGACGGGGCGCGCGGAAUUGUCUCCGGACGAGAUUCCAUUUGUAUAAAUAGUUCUGAAAAUGGGAAUGGCAACUUCUUGCUUCUAGCAAUAGAAAAAGAGACCACAGCAACUGAUGGCUGUGCAUUCAUUUUCAUUUUUGGGCACGGCGUAGUCUGUUUAUUGUGUGAUAACGCAAAAAAAACCACUUGGUAUUUUUUCAAUCCGGACGACGAAUACGAGAGGUUGCAAGCCGCGAAGAAGGAAAAGAAUCCCGCCGCGAUGACGGCUAAACUACUGAAAGUACAACCGUGGAUGAAGGCGUUCCAUCACAUCCACAAUCCUUUGGAUGCCGCAAACCACCCGAAUAUAAAUGGCCUGACGGACGCGCGGCGUGCUCGAGAAAAACUGCGUCUGAGGGAAGGUUGGGAAGUGUGUACCGAAGAGAGGACGGAUCCAAAGACCGGGAAGAAAGUACUACGCAAGCACUGGCAGCAAAGGGACCCGAAAACCGGUAAGUGGGUGUCUGAUAGAAAGGAUGGACGCCCGACAAGGUUUUUUGAUCCUUUUGAAGCGAUGAUUACCGAGGCUGAAUUUGCGGAGAAGGAAAGACACACGCGGAAAAAAUGGAUCUGUGAAUUCGUCACAAGUUGUAUGAACUACGACUCGAUCUCGUGGUUCACGGCUUGGUACGAUAGCAAUGUGAAGAAGCGAAACGACAGGGAAGGAGAAGCCCGCGCGAAGCGCCGAUCGGGCUCAGGAGACGAAAGAGAGGACGAGCGGCCUGCAAAGCGCCGCAGGCACGACGAGGACAACGCAAGUUGGAACAACUCGUCGCGAGGGGACGCUUCCCGGUAUAACGACGACUCGUGGGAGGUGGACGCAGGAGGCUCCUUCGCGGCCGUCGACGAGGACGACACGAGGGGUAAGGCAACCGGGUCGGCCAAGCGCCCGCGGUAUGUUCACGACCCGACUUGGGCCGACGGGUGGAAUCUGCCGUCGACAGUCGACGCGAAAAAGAAGAGUGCAGAGCCCGUCGUGUGGGUCAACAAAUCGGGGAUCAACUCGGCAUGGAACAACCGCAGCAGCAGGGACGCUGGCGACCACGACGGGCGCGACAAGAACAGGAACGCUGCAUCGUCGUCAUCAUCAUGGAAUAACGGAAGCGGCCGGACGGGGGGGAGCAGCUACGCCGACACGAAAGAUUGGGACAGCGCCGCUGGCACGCGGGACAAGGACGUCGGUGAGAAGUGGUACGAGUACGAGAAAGUAGAGGGUAAUUGGCUGAAGAAGGAGAAGAAGACCGGCGAUUAUUGGUUCCACGACAAGAAGGAGAGGACGUGGUGGCGCAGGAAGAAGGACGAAGACGUCUGGUAUUACAAAGACAGUAAGACCGACAAGUGGGUGAAGGAUCCGGACCACAAGACGAAAGAAGCACCAGCCACAAACGGCGAUCGUCAUAGGAGGAACUCUGACGGAGCAAGGCGAAGCCAGGAGGGCGCGACGCCGGACCAGGCGGCGAUCGAUGACAUGUACGCCGAUUUUUGGAACGACGAAGGCGCUACCCUGUUCCCCGGUAACAACGGAAGUGCGGGAGACGAAAACGGAAGCAAAAAAGCUGCGAAUAAUGCGGAUGCAGACGGAAGCUGGGGGGAGAAGCGGGAAACCGGAGCCGGAGCCUCAACACAGGACUCUGCUGCAAAAGUUUUGGGGAUACCGCUGGCCGACCUGCUGCCCAUUGCCGAGAAGAAACUGAAGACCUUGCCGGCGACGAUAUGAAACGAAACAACGCUUGUCCUUCGCGCAGCGAGUGUAGUCAAAAAACAAACAUAGUGUACUAGUAGAAACUGGCGGGGGCCCGCAUGUAGUUGUAACAGAGUUUCUAUGUAAGUUCUUUGGGCAUUAUACGAACAGAACCGUAUUACGUGCAGCCCUAAAGCUAGCCCCUCACAAGAUCCGGGAUGCUAGCCGAUCACUUCAGCAGCGAUCAGAAGGUAGGGCCUACCUCGUCAGAGAUUUUGUUUAUCUGAUGAUGAUGAUCUUGUCCUUGUCGCUGUGCCAUCACUAUGAUCCGUAUCCAUGAAGGGUCUUUGAAAGCCUCUAGUUGUAGAUAGCAUACACCAAAGAGGUCUUGAAUUGCGGGGUGUUUGUAAUAGGUGUUUUUUUCGUUUCAUAACAUUGGGACUGGAAUGCAAAACCGAAGGGGCCAAAUUUGGAACACGCAAUAGAGGCCCUUGUGCGAGAACGGCAACCGAACCAGGGGGCAGGGGCAACUGUUCGGGUAAUUUUAAAUGGUCUUGUGUACUAUGUCUUUCUUCUGCUCUUCUUGCUGUUGCUGCAGUAAUUCACUGCGCAGGAUUUUCAGACCAUGACCGAGGUUCUGCUAAGAUGUGAAAAAUAUGUUUCCUACGCUUGAAUUACACAGGAUCCGCAGCACGAUACAUUUGGCAUUCGGGUGCCGGACCACUUCUCAGAGCAUUGGGGAUGGCCAAUACCGAACGAGUGCCACGAAUUUUUCACCAGAAAAGAAUCCACAAGCCGGCCCGGUGUGUUUUAUUUUCAGCACAAUGUAAACGUCAACGAAACAAGACGGAAGAGGCCGCCGAGAUUCGAUAUCGACCAGCCACCAAACCUUCCAGCAGGGUAUGCAUUCAUUAAGGGUUUGCGUUUAUGAUUCAGAUGAUGUAUCCGGUGUCAGAGUUCCCCGCCUGUGGCCACAGGAGCACGCAUUCCUAUUGAAUUAGACAUGCAAGGAUGUAGUUGUUUGAGCUUAAGCCUCCUCUGAUUUCCGUGGCGCCAUAGGGUAUGCGCUCUUACCUGCUUUUCACACACUCUCAUCCGCUUUUCCUCGUACUACUUUAAUCAAUUCAGGUGGAUGAAAGUGAAGUCCACGAAAGUGUGCGGAAAGUACUACUUCAAGGACCCUGAGGGCACAGUGCAGCAACAACAUCCAGUAACCGGGAGAACAUGGGAGCAAAAUUUGCGCCUGCCGCCGCGUUGGGAAUUCGUCGAAUCCAAGAGGACCACGGCGCGCACGCAGGGCGUUUACUACUUUCGGAACCUCGACACCGGCGCCGCGCAGUAUCCUCACCCGAAGGAGGAGUAUGAAAUGUUCACCUUCUUGACCAUGCCAUGGUUUCGCGACCCUGAGGACUACGUCGGACACGAAUAUCUACUGUGGCAACCGCCUGCCAACGCGCUGCCAGCCGGAGCCGCUUCUGCCGUCAGCUCUGUCGUGUCGAAUAACGUCCCUUCUGGUGUGGUGAAUCCGAGCAGCGCGGCUUCUGCUGUUGCGCAGGCGAAUAUUAAAGCACCAGGCGAGCAGACAGGCGAGGGCUCCGUGAAGCUAAAGCUUCAGCUUCCUGACGCGAGCGGAAACCUGGUGGACAUUGACACUGACGCGCUCUUCUCCUCGUCAGUGCAGCCGGGAGGACCACAUCCCAAGAACGCUUUGCCGCCGCCGCCGAAGCACUUGCCGCCACCCCGUGCACCGCCCGUGUUACAAAAGCCCCAGGUGAAUCGCCCUCCGGUCGAGUUCAUCAGCAACGUGCAGCCUUUGAAGUACCCCACACCCGAAAAAAGGAGACCCAAACCCGAUCCGCCCGCUGCUGCGUCGAUCGCUCCGCGGCCAGUCGUGAACCCGAGUCCGGUGGCCAAGCCCGCUGCCGCACCCGCGAGUUCCCUUGCCGCACCACUGAAUCUCGCCUCGGCCGCGGCAUCCAACAAGGAGGAAGUCGUGUCCGCGGCAAAACCCGACGAAAAAGCUUUACCUGACGAUAAAAAAGUUGAACCCGCAGCGGCACCAGACGAAAAAGUUGCGCCUGCGGUGGAGAGCAGUCCUGUUGGACAUGCACCGAAGCCCGAGCAGCCUCCUGCAAGCGGAGAAUCUGCAAUCGCCGCUCCCCCAGCGGAGAAGAAAGUCGCAGGGGAACAAGCACAGGAGCAGAAGGCAGAGGGAGGCGAUGAAAAGAAAGACGAUAAGAAGGAGAAAAAGGACAAGAAAGAGAAGAAAGAUAAAAAGGAGAAAAAAGACAAGAAGGACAAAAAGGAUAAAAAAGACAAAAAGGACAAGAAGGACAAAAAAGGAGACAAGCACGAAUCGUGGAAGGAAGCGCAGCUGCAGGCGGGUGAUCUCCCGAAUGUAGACGAGUGAGUUUCCGCCGCGCGGCCAUGUUACCUAUCCACCGUUGUUGUGCUGUGUCCAGGGUCGCGGAGAACUUCUUGGGCGCUGGCUUAGGGCGAAGGGCUACUUACUUUUUUUUCUGCCGACGUUCCUGUCGGUGCUGCUUGUUCGCAACAACUUGUUUCCGGUACAUACAAUUCGUUUCUGGGCAGCUACCCUUAGCUGAAUAUUUUACUGUUUGAUCAAAUAUAGCGACACACAAGGUAGCUGUAGUGCAAAAAUACUGGUGCCUGAUAAAAGUAGUGUAUUGAUGAUAUUAGGUUAUGCAAGCAUAAUGUACUUGUACAGAAUCAACAUCAUGAAAAUGCACUUUGCCGCGAAGCAUUUGCUUUUGCUUGGACUCCUUUUAUAUCACGAUCAUUUCCGUCACGUGCGGGGUCGCUAGCAGUUGCUGUCGACGUACACAGAAUGACAAUAAUCACAAAUUAUCUGGACGAGAAUACUGCUGCGACUGGGUUUUGCGAUACGAAGCGAGUCCGUCGAAUCAUAUCAUAUGGAAGGAUACUAUCACUUGAGCACGGCAGCG